AUGCCUUGCUUCAAAGCUUCCAUGGCCUCCUUCCUGCUGGCUUGCAUGGCCUUCUCAUCAAUCACCCAAGCCUAUCCGGUCCCCGCGUCCCAGAAGGCGAGUGCAUUGACUCCGCGCUCACCGAGAGAGAUGCCCAACAGCAAUAGCAACGAUCUCGUCUCCAGUCUCUUCAACACCGUCGGACUGAGCGACCUGAACAAGCUCAACCACUGGAAAGAAGACAACGAGUCCGACGACCAGUCCAGCAACCAGCCCGACGUGAUCGACGACAGCAAAAGCGCUACACCAACCCAGACGGAACAGAACAACACCGAUGACAAAGCAGGCGAUGUGCAGACAACUGCUGGCGACAAAGAGGAGAAGAGAAAGCCCACCCCGAGCCAUGUCAGCCAUGCCAGCGCGACUCCUUCGGCCACCCCAGGCACUGCGAGCCCCAAGACCAACAAGAACAACAAGGGUGAGAAGGAUGACGAGAACAGGUUCCCGAAUCCCGCCCAGAACCCGGCCGGGUUCGUGUCUGCCCUGAUGCGGCAACUCCAGCACACCAUCGAUGAGGCGUUGGACAGCAAGGACGAGCACACCCUCAACUAA